ACGCAUCGUAUAUCACAGUCUUAAAUCGUUCAAUUUCGUUAUAGUUGGGAACUACGCCUGUGACGACUGCCAGUCAUAAUUACCAGCCACCUCCUAUGUAUCAACAGCCCAGGAUGAGGUUCAACCAGCCAAGCAUUAGACAACCCGGCCAGUUUACACAGUUGCAGCUGCAACAGCAACGUUCUAAGCUCAUACAUCAGCAGCAACAGCAGCAGCAACAACAGCAGAAGCAACGAUUAUUGCAACAACAACAGCAACAGCAAUUGCUUAUCCCAUCGAAUGCUACUGCGGCGACAGAUCAAAUGAACAGUAGCAUUAACAUCGACCUUUUGAACAAUACCGUUGUGCCACCGAAUGUGUCGUUACAGCGAUCGAAUGGCCCAGAUUCACAAGUUUCUCCAGGCUAUGGGGCAUCCGUCCAGAUGGCUUCUGGUCACCGACUCGCUCACUCGUAUUCCCAUCCAUCGACAAUACC